CUAAGUUGAUAUUCUAAGUACAAUAAAUUGUGAAUUAAGCGAUCUUAUGAUUUAAAAGUCAAACGAUCCAACAUUUCACCCAACAUUUCGCAUUCAAACAUAAAAGAAAAAUGUUGGGCGAAAUGUUGGGUGAAAUGUUGGAUCGUUUGACCAGGGGGCUUUACUUGGAGAAAUUGUAGUGACCAUGGUAUUAUUGACCUAUCGUUUUAUAUGUAUACGCCAUGUAUUGUAGUUUAGUCAGUAAAUUCACCAAAACGCAACUGUCACACAAUAUCGCUUCUUGCUGGCUCCAUGUUAUCUGUACGUUAAACAAGAUCACAUAAAACAAUGGAACGCUACAAAAGUGUUGUUGAUUACGUUACUGUGGGUAGGGAGACAAUCAAAGGUGUUAAUGAUUAUGAUACAAUAGACGAAAUGAUGUAAAAACCCACGUGUAAGAACCUACUUUUUUCAGAGUUUGGCAAAACAGGGUCUUGUAUUACGGGGUACCUAAUGACAGUUUAGGCUAGAUAGGCUCUUAGUUAGGUUCUUAAAUUCUACAGAGAAGAUAUUGUUUCCGAUUAUCAGAGUAAAGCAUUAAAUAUGUUCUGUUCUUCAUUCUAAAUAUUCAUUAUUGUACCAAUGUUGCCAAAAGCCCACUAACAAUUGACCAAUGAUACAGUAUUGUAAAUAGAAUAAUAGCAAUAAUUUUUUCAUAAAAACAGCUCAAAUUUAACAUACAUAUUUAAACUGAAUGGUUAAACCCCACAUAUAAGAGCCUGUAGGACAUUUUUUGGCAAAACAGGUCCUCAUAUUCUGGAGAUUUCUGCCAGAAGGUUCAUAAAUCCUUAGAUUCUUACACGCGGGUUUCAACUGCAGUGGGAGAUACGUUUCAACAAAUCUUAGAUACUUCUUCUACCUUAUGUUGUCGAUGCAUGAAGGACUAUAAAGAUGAUUAUUUUUAUUUGUUGAGACAUUGUAUUUGUUCUUUGCUUUCAACAGCAUAAGCUAAUUAAACACAGCUUGGUUUAUGUUUGUGCAAUUUCAUUCCCGACAUUGGUUUGCAUCAUCAACUUAAAAUCGGAGAUUAAUGUCUUGACCUUGAGUGAAUGUGAAAAUCUCUUACGGAUCAACCAUGAGUAAUAUUGCUAAAAAAUUGUAUUUUUGUUUGUUUUUGCUAAUCAUUUAUCGAAAAAACCGAUAACCGGCAGCAAUUAUCUCCAAAUGUAGAUCAGUCAUUCAAAGCAUCUCAACUAUGGAGCUGAAAGGAGCGAAGGUCGUAUUUCUAUACGUAAUUUUCCGUCAUAUAUCCAAGAUGUUCGCUGCUGGGCCAGAUUUCUACAAACUUGGCAAUGGCUUUUUGGCCGAGGGCUGGUUGUCAUCAAAAAAGUACAGUUUUGAGAGUUUUACGAAUAUUCCGGACUUUCCUGGCUGUCCGUCAAAAGCAAUCAACGGUGCGGAUUUUGAGAUUGAGCCCAUAAUGCAAACCGGGUAUCAAUAUUGGCGUUACCGAGCGAUCUUCACCUCAUCCCAGACAGGAAAACAUAAAUUCUUUGCUUUAUGCAGCACAGAAUGCCAGAUUUUCAUUCAAAAUGGCAAGCAGGGAACAAAGAAAGUCUUAGAGGUGAAUGCUACCACUGCAAACGAUUGGGCGGAUCGAAAAUGGUCAGAUGAAGUGAUUCUGCUUGAAGGAUUUCGUUAUGAGAUUUUGGUUCACCAUUUUGGGGCACAGAGCAGUAUGACGUUCUUCAAACUUGGAGUGAAGUUCCCGGAUCUAACAGAACAGAAACCCAUCAAUAGUACAAACUUACGAAGAUCUAUGGAACAUUACAAAUGGGAUGGAUUACUGGCUCAAAGAUACACCAUUGAACAUAUCAAAGUUGGACAACCGGACGCAAUUGAUUAUGUGUACAGCAAUAAUCCGAGCUACCCGGGCAGCCCUACAGCAUUUGGAUGCAAAUCAACUUUAUUUGAUAGUGCAACCUCUUCAAAUGGUGAUAAAUUUGCUAUCCUCUACACUGGCUACGUGAAAGUACCAUUUUCAGCUUUUUACAGCUUUACAAUUCAUCUUUGCGAUGAUUUAUGUGAUCUUUUUAUGACGAAAAACAACUUAGAGACCAGUAUUGUCAGGUAUAUAAUUGACUGGAACAAAAGUCCAGUUAUUUCCAAUGCUAGCAUGUUAUCAGCCAAUACCCUCUAUCCAAUCAAACUGUUCUUUGGUGAGCAAUCACAGGUUGAAAUCAUCCAAAUAAAGUAUACAUAUCUGAACAAUAGUUUUUUGUCAUGGAGUGGAAUGCUUUACAAUCUUAAAACAGGUAUGAAGUUCUCAAGCAAUGAACUCGCAAUGCGUGUUGCUAGAGUUCGUAUUUUUCUAUGCCACCUAUUAUACGAGAACAUGUGUAAAGUUGACUUCUCUUACCAAUGAUCAAAAUUAAGCCAUUACAUUUACUGUUCUUUUAAACCAAAACUAGUCAAGGCAGAUAGAUAUAUUAUGUAAAUAUUGCAAAAUAAAAGAUAUGCUAGCGUUAUGGGAGUUGAAAUUGUAGCAAACAUUAUUUCAAAGUUUUUGGUGUCCAGAAUGAUGUUUAAUAACCAGUCGGGAGUGAGAAACGUCUUAACCACUUUUUAAAUUCUCCCACCUUUUUAUUUGAUGUUUAGAAAAAGCAAAGUGAUUU